AUGUCAUCACGUUAUCGCGAGCUCAUCGCGAUUUUUGGUAAAUUUCUCGAGCAAAAUGAUUUCCAUGUACGAAUUUCGAUGGAUAGGGUGGGGGAGGUGAAGACCCUAUUCAGCGCCAAAACAAUUCCGGUCGAGAGUGAAACGGAGGCCACAAUUGAAGUCGUCACUAUCGAGGCGGCACGCCGCCGUGACGCACUGCGCCGUACAUGCAAUGCGGUGCUUCGGACCCGACACUCAGACCAGCACGUGGAUGUUGGGACCAUAGUCGCCGAUGAGGAGGAACGACUGGCCUGGAAGUUUCUCAUUGGCGCAUUGACGGCAAAAAAUUCUGAGAUUCUUCCUGUUGUUGAGGCAGAACUGCUGCGUGCGGCGGUGGAAUACCACUAUGCCACCGCCCGGCCAGAGUUGUGCGACAUGUUUGUACACCUGAGCGCAAGUGAAAUGUUCUUCAUUGAUGGGGAUUCACUUUUCAUGGCCGCACUAUCCCCGCAAAGCGUGGACUGGGACCUUAUCCAACCAUUGCAUGUCAUUUACAAUGCGCAAAAGCUUUUGUAUGACAUGCAUUGUCGUGGAGCUCGUUUUCACGUUGUCUUUUUUGACAGUUUGUUGUGGAUAUGGGAGUCGGCACCUGCAAAGCUCUUUAUGCGUGAAAACCUACGUAAAACAUUGAUGUCUCUGGCCGAAAAUGACGCGAAAGUUGGUCUUUCAAUAUCCAACUUUUCCAGUUAUCACUCGGAGGCCUUUGAGACGUACGUCAAACAGUGGGAACCGGAGUUCAUUUUAAUGUCCGAUGGAGAGCAGCUGGGUAGACUUAAUCCACUGCAAGCCUUUUUUGUGCACCCAUCUGCGGCAAAUAACACUCACGAUUCCAGAAGGAAGGCGAACUACACGGAUGCCGAUGAGGCAAAUCCGUACCGUCUCAGGCGACGGUACCGGAGUAUAGUGGAGGAUGAGGCAGUCGGUGACAAGGCGGCUUUGUACUACCGGUGCAUGCAUCUUUGGGCAGCGACACGACGGCUGAAAGUGGCAUACUCCUCCCGUAUCAUCUACAAAGAAAACGCCAUGGUGGUAUUUACCGUUCGCGUAGACGGUGCGAGCUUUGAGCGUGCAGUGACUAUUGAGUCUGACGUGCAGGCAUUGGCUCAGUCAAUGGAACACGAGGUACAACUUCCUGCUAUUUCUUCUGCAUCUUUGGGAUUACUGGAUGAGGAGGAUUUGUCCUGCCGUGAACGAGUAGUGUAUGCCGCCUUGCAUGCCUACUUGAGGGCCAGUGCGAGGAGCGAACAGGAGCAUCAGCUUUGCCAGGCACUUGCCAUUACAACAUACAUUACAGGGUAUCUAAAUAAGGAGGCUCGGGCGCAGCAAGUUCGACCCAACCCUAUCCUUGCAGGUUUCUUGAAGGAGAUAUCACCGUUUCUUCUUGCUGUAUGGCGUCAUGCUGAUUGCACUAACGGUAAUGGGCAGGAGUUUGACCUUAUUGAUGGCCACCUAUUCUCAGCCGUUUCUCAGCAGUUGCGCACAGCGUCAGUCUCAGAGUUGUUUGACGAGUAUGGUGUUGAAGACAUCGAGUCCACAUGGGGUGUUUUGGACGAUCAAGGAAGUGCGGAUAUUGUCAACGCACCGCUUUCGAAUUUGCCAGUAAUUGACUCUAUGGAUGUGGAAAAACUGCAGCCGUAUCCGCUCAUCACGCAUGAGUUGGUGGAGCGCCUUGCAAAGGGGUUUGGCAUUUCGACACAUCGUGCAGAUGCACCUUAUCCAACUGAUUUUGGCGCCGCAAACGAACUCGCCGGGUGGGACAUCACAACACCGUUUGACAGGCUCAAUGAUGUGAUCGAUGCUGAGGGUGACGCGAUUGCGAAGAGCAUGAUGACUGAGAAGGAAGCCAAAAAUGUGCAGGAGUACUAUAAAAAGUUUGUGCGUAAUGCUCUUAAGCAGGCGCAGUCCAUGGGAAUUAGUGGGUUUGCGGCCCAUGAACUGGCCAUGGUUUGCUCAGACAACGACUCGGAUGAUGACGCUGGCGGUAACAGCGCCAACAAUAAAACUGCAGGAGCCAAGAAGGUAAAUAAGGAGCACGCGGGGCAGCGCAACAAGAAGGAGCGCAGUAAGGAGGAUGAGAUUCGUGAGCGCAGCAAUGUUAUUGCUGCCACUGCAACUGUCGCUGAAUGGCACAAGCAGAUGAAUCACCUCCUGCACGCUGUAGACAUGAGCCACGGACGCACCACCAAUAGGGAUCGUGACGAGUCGAUUAACACCAUCAUGGCAGCCAUCAAGCGGCUCUCUCAGGAAAAGUUUGGAAAAAACUUUGACCCAGGGUACACGCUUGGUGGCUCCACGAACACUGCGGUUCCCCUCAAACUUGAGAUGUGGCGUUUG